AUGCACAGGAACCUUUUCGAUAAAUUGAAGGAAGGCCCUUUGAAGAUAUCAAUCCUAGGCAGUGGAAAUUGGGCCAGCGCAAUCAGCAAAAUUGUAGGAACAAAUGCAAAGAAUAAUUAUUUAUUUGAGAAUGAAGUAAAAAUGUGGAUUCGAGAUGAAAUGGUAAACGGAGAAAAAAUAUCAGAUAUAAUUAACAAAACACAUGAAAAUAUAAAAUAUUUAAAAGGAGUUUCUUUACCGCAUAACAUUGUUGCAUAUUCAGAUUUAUCAAAAGUUAUUAACACUGCUGACCUGUUAAUAUUUAUUAUCCCAUCCCAAUAUCUGGAAAGUGUAUUAGCAUUAAUAAAAGAAAACAAAUCUAUAAAAAUAGAGAAGCACGCAGAGGCCAUAUCAUUAACUAAAGGAUUUAUUGUUAAAAAUAAUCAAUUGAACCUUUGUUCUAAGUACAUUAGUAAUUAUUUGGAUAUCCCUUGUUGUGCUUUGUCAGGUGCAAACAUAGCUAUGGAUGUUGCUAAGGAAGAAUUCUCGGAAGCAACCAUAGGAGGAAAUGACAAACAUGCAUUGCUAAUAUGGCAAAUGGUUUUCGAUUUGCCAUAUUUUAAAAUAAACUGCGUUAAUGAAACUGUGGGAGUUGAGAUUUUUGGUGCAUUAAAAAAUAUUAUAACCCUAGCAGCUGGAUUUUGCGAUGGGCUUGAAGCUUCCCCUAAUUCCAAAUCUGCAAUUAUCAGAAUUGGAGUUAAAGAAUCAUUUAUGUUUGGGAAAAUUUUUUUUAGUUACACUGAUGUGAACAUAUUUUUUGAGAGCUGCGGAGUGGCUGAUGUUAUUACAUCCUUUUUGGGAGGAAGAAACGCAAAAUGUUCUGCCGAGUUUGUGAAAAGUAAACCUAAGAAGACGUGGGCACAAUUGGAGAAUGAAAUCCUUAAGGGGCAAAAAUUACAGGGAAUCGUAACCCUAAAAUACGUAUAUCAAAUGAUUAAAGAGAACAACUUAACCAAUAAAUUUCCCCUUUUCACUGUGCUUCACAAAAUAUCAUUUGAAGAUGAAGACCCCAAUGAACUGCUGAAAACAUUUAUGAAUAAUGUUGUAUCUCCUAUAGCUCCAUAG